CGGGAACGGGUUGGGCAUUCGCGUAAAUAAGUCUCCUAGCCGAUUACGGUUCGCUUACCACGGCAAUGGCAACUAGUUUUAGUCGAUCAAUAGAGGAGCCACUGGGACGGCGAUGUACGAAGUCAUAACUUAAUAUACAUAUACCAACAAUCUCACCAAGUGAGUCUUAUAUUCGAAGUAUAUCUAGUAUCGAGGUAAUUAUCACGAGUAUAGAAUCAACUAGUCUAAGAAAUAUUUACCACAAACUGUCACUUUUCAAUACUUUGACGCAACUAAGCGUAUUCUCUUAGCAUCCAAACUAGAAGCGGGAAGACUCCCUGUAGCUUACACUUAACACAGCAACGAGAUAAUUUCCCGAUCUUUUUCACAUCUCCACUUUCCACUUUACGUGUGCCGCAUUUGCACAUGAAUUGUUCAUGCAGGAAAUACCCGCCUAAAGAUUCUUAGUAUAGUUCAGGGAUAGGGGCCUAAAUCACAUUAUUAUGGCAAUGGGCCGCCAUGGGGUUUCAAGUAUUUCAUAUUCGGUCAGGUCGCAAUGCCGUCUGAGUUAUUCGUUUUGACUUUAUCAACUUCAAGCUAACAUACACAUUUGCAUCACAUAAAAUUCUCAGUCUCGUUAUACUCAACCAUGCUCGAGGACGGAUCUGAUCAGGAUGUAGUCCUAGUGACACAAUUACCAUCAGACUCUUGGUUUGAAGCUUUUGCUUUUCGGCCUAAUGGCAAAAUACUAGCCUGCCGACUAGACGAACCCGAAUUAUACACAUUUUAUCCCGAAGACUCAGAUUCGACGCCUCAGCUACUGCAUACCUUUGACGAAGCCGCGAACGGUAUUAUCGAUGCGGAUCCCAUACCGGGUACUAAAGAUGAAUAUUUCGUUCUUUCAACCGUUAGUGACCUAAUUAGUGUCGAAUUCAACGAUUUUAUCGUAUGGCACGUCGCGCUCAGCCCCGAUGACAGCAAUCCGCCCAAAGUCACCAAAGUAGCCGAAUUGCCAGAUACGGGCCUUUGUGCAGCCGCCGUCGCGAUUUCAGAUCGUGUGGUGCUAAUACCAGACUCAACUAAGAAUUGCAUAUGGCAUCUUGAUACACAGACAGGUCAAUCAACAUUACUUGUAGCCGACGACAGUAUGAAGAUUGCAAAUGGCGAAGGGAAUUUCUUCGGUCUUAACCGGAUAUGCAUCACAGAUGAAUUUAUAUGGUUUACGAAUACCAGUGCUGGUACAUUAUGUCGCAUCCCGAUCCAACAAGUUCAUGAUGAUCCAUCUGUAGGAAUCCGCAUAACAGGACCUGUGCAGAUUCUUACUGAUGAGAUCAUUGACUGCGACGGGCUAGUUCUUACACAGGAUGAGACUGCGGCCUACACGUGUAGUUAUAAGGAUGGUUUUAUCUGGAAGAUCGACAUCGAGCCCUCGACGGGCAAGGCCACGACAAAUGUUGUCUUGCGAAAUUUAGCCUCGCCAACAGCCGUCGAGCUGAACUACGUGGAUGGCAAGCCGAAAUUGUUCAUCGUGUGCUGCGGGGAGAUCCAGAUGGGUUGGAUUCCGGAAAAGGAAAACCCCUGGAGUGACAUCGUAAAUAUUAACGCGGCGGUGACGGUUCAGGUUGAGACUCGGGAAGUCGUUGAGACUGUUUGAUAUUAGCGUAUUCGGGAAUGGCAGCGCUCGGCUUGGUUAUCUACGCUGGUAUAAUUGAUGACUGGCCCAUAUACCCCUUUAAUGGCACAUAACACUAGGCAUAGGAUAUGACAUCUAAUGAAGAAACUCUUCGUAUUCAAAGACCUUGAACUCCCAUUCUCCCAUUAGUGAAGUUUAGUCGUG